GUAUUUUCCUGUUAAAAAAAGUUUGAAGGAAAGCAUAUAUAUAUUAGUGCAACUGCUAGCAGGGUUACUUUUGCCAUUGAAGGAAAAGGAAAGAGAGAUAGACCCUCCACCUGGUCUUGGUUCCCAAGGGUGGAAGUCCGUGUGUCAUGAUCCACUCCCGCCCUGUUGCGCUAGCCUGAAUGUAAAGUUUUGGUCCUUGUUUAGUUGCCAAUAUCCUUUCUCUCGACACUGUUUCUGGUUGAAGACUUGAAUACCGAUUUCCCAUUCCAGUUUUUGCAUGAAUGAGGUCGUUGAGAGAUGGUUUAAUAUUCCACGUUCAAUCAAUCAAAGCUGGCUUUUCAUUGCCCAUUCUCACAUCCAAUCAACUCAUUCAUCUGUAUUCCAAACAUGGCCGUAUUCAUGAAGCUCGAAAACUGUUCGAUGAAAUGCCAGAACGAAACGUUUUCUCUUGGAACACAAUCAUAUCCGCCUAUAUAAAAUUCCAAAACCUAACUCAAGCGCGUGCUUUAUUCGAUGCUGCACCACGGAAAGACUUGGUCACUUAUAAUUCCAUGUUAUCUGGUUAUGUAAGCACCGAUGGGUAUGAAACUCCCGCGCUUGAAUUAUUUUACGACAUGCAAACGGCUUGUGAGGAUAAGAUAAAAAUCGACGAAUUUACAGUAACUACAAUACUGAACUUGAGUGCGAAGUUGGGUAAAUUGAGCUAUGGUGCUCAGUUACAUUGUUUUAUGGUGAAAACAAGGAAUGACAAAACUGGGUUUGCUGUGAGUUCUCUCAUUGACAUGUAUUCUAAAUGUGGGUGUUUUAAAGAAGCCUUUCAAGUUUAUAAAGGCGGGUGUGGGUUGGUUGAUUUGGUUUCCAAGAAUGCAAUGGUGGCAGCUUUUUGUAGAGAAAAUGAGAUGGAAAUGGCUUUGGAACUUUUUUGGAAAGACCCUGAGUUGAAUGAUGCUGUAUCUUGGAAUACUUUGAUUUCAGGUUAUCAACAACAUGGUUAUUUAGAAGAGUCAUUGAAGUUGUUUGUUAUGAUGAGAGAGAAUGGGUUUAGAUGGAAUGAACAUACUUUUACAACUGUUCUAAGUGCUUGCGCUACAUUGAAGAAUUUGAAAGCUGGAAAGGAAGUUCAUGGGUGGGUUUUGAAGAAUGGUUUGAUUUCGAAUCUGUUUGUAAUUAGUGGCAUCGUUGAUCUUUAUUGCAAGUGUGGUAAAAUGAAGUAUGCAGAGUUAAUGCAUUUGUGUAGUGGGAGAAACAACUCGUUUUCAGUCACUUCAAUGAUUGUGGGUUAUUCAUCUCAAGGUAAUAUGGUAGAAGCACGGCGGCUUUUCGAUUCAUUGGCUGAGAAGAAUUCUGUGGUGUGGACAGCAUUAUUUUCCGGUUAUCUCAAAUCACGGAAUUGUGAUGCAGUGUUUCAACUCUUGAGUGAAUAUUGGGACAAAGAAGCAACUGUUCCUGAUGGUUUGAUACUUAUGAGUGUCCUUGGUGCUUGUGCCAUACAAGCUGCUCUGGAUCCAGGAAAGCAGACUCAUGGUUUUAUGCUGAGAGUGGGAAUCGAAAUGGAUGAGAAGCUAUUUAGUGCUAUGAUCGAUAUGUACUCGAAAUGCGGGAAUAUUGCAUAUGCAGAAAAGAUGUUUCGAAUGGUUAAGGUUAAGGAUUCAGUCAUUUAUAAUGUUAUGAUGACUGGCUAUGCUCACCAUGGGCAUGAAAGUAAAGCUUUCCAGCUGUUUGAGGAAAUGCUGCAUCAAGCAAUCAAACCCGAUGUUGUUACCUUUGUUGCACUUCUAUCAGCUUGCCGUCACUGCGGUUUAGUAGAACUCGGGGAACAAUACUUUAAUUCCAUGAAAGAAGUUUAUAAGAUAUUGCCUGAGAACGACCACAAUGCUUGUAUGAUUGAUCUGUAUGGGAGGGCUAACCGAUUAGACAAAGCUGUGGCAUUUAUGAAAGCCAUUCCGAUAGAGCAUGAUGCUGCUAUUAUGGGGGCAUUUCUGAAUGCUUGUAGGGUAAAUAAAAAUGUGGAAUUAGCCCAAGAAGCAGAAGAGAUACUACUAAGAAUUGAAGGAGAUAACGGGGCUCGUUAUGUUCAGUUGGCUAAUAUUUAUGCUGCAGAAGGUAACUGGGCUGAGAUGGGGAGGAUAAGGAAGGAGAUGAGAGGGAAAGUCAAGAAGUUUGCUGGUUGCAGUUGGGUUUUUGUGGAAAAUGGAGUUAAUACUUUUAUCUCUAGUGACAGAUCCCACUCGAAAGCUGAGACUAUUUAUGCAACAUUAGACUGCUUAAGCAAAGAACUACGAGAACCUGUUGAGGCAUUCCUUUGAAAGAACUCGAACAUGUCAUUCCAUGGUGUCAUCUGGUUUUUGAUGCCCAUUCAGUGCCAUGUAUAUUCAGGAGGUAUCCUCUAUUCGUUCUUUGGAGAAGAGGCGAAGCCAGAGAUUCUUUUUAAGUGUCCUAGUUUUAUGCAUUGUAUUAACUUAUAAUUUCAUUAUUUUUAAAGGAACUAACCCUUAAAAAUUUUACAGGGCCAAGACUUUGGGAGC